AUGGUUGGAAGAACAGCUCGUGCCGUAUGCGGUGCCUCAAACGUAGAUACUGCGUCAUUCACCUCAUCACGACCAACCUCUCCACCCGAUGGUGAGGAUGAGGAAUACCAGCCUGUUGUUAAUCCUGUAUCAGUACCACCCAUCGCAGGCGCGGAUUCAUGCUCCUACGACCCUUCGGAUGCCACAACGCCAGAUCUCAUUCCGGAUGGUAGCACGUAUGACAACGUAUCCUCCGCCACUCCCCCUGAACAAUCGCCCGAGCUCUUGACUCGGAGCUUGCCUUCAACUAUUGCCCUACCGCUAUUGCAUCCUGCACUUCAGGAUUUUAUCCUGCCUAAGCAGAAUGCUGACGGGAGAUGUUCUUCUGCCGCAAAGGGCAAGGGGAAAGUUCUGCCAGAAGAACAACCGUUCCCUGGCAAAGGUCCAGCUGAUCUUCAGUUCUUGGAAGCACUGGAUGAUGAAGAUCUGUUAUAUCCACCUGAUUUUUCCUCAACGGAGGAAUGGGUUGCACAUACUCGGCCCAUCCUACAGGAUUAUGCCAACAGGCAAAUCCCUCUGCCCCUUGGUCGGAGGGUUAAUGUAUCACUUAACGAGCCUUCUCAAUUUAUCCAGGGGGCUUUACAAUUGCUUGCCAAUCGCGAUCACCCCAAAAAUCCUCCUGUUGAACCAUCUCGUCAACUUGGCCCUCAGCUACUUGAGAACUUCACGGAUGUGCACAGAUGGGCGACAGAGUACUUUCGUGCACGUUUUGGGAUGUCAACUGUGGGAAGUGAUAUACCCGUGCUUUUGACGAUCAUCACGAACACUUUCUAUGAAGCCCACACCCAGCUUAUCGAUAGCAUAGCAGACGCAGCACUUGACAACAUGCGUGUUCGUGGAGCCGCUAGCCUGGAAAUCGAGGACUUUGCUUUUGGAUAUGACUUCGACAUUAGCCAAGACUUGCCUUUUGCUGUGGAGGCUAGCUCUCGUAUUUACGAUACCCUUGAGCGGCACCGGCCUCGGUCACCAUUAGAACUCCCGGCGGACCUUCCGGUGACGACAAGAUCUGGCAGACGAGUCAAGCCUUCUAUGCAAGCUCAGGCAGCGGUGCUAGCUGAAAGUGAGAAGCUUUCCGAUGCUCGCCAGCGCAAGAAAGAAAAGGCGAAGAAAGAGCAGGAAUCGGCAACUUCGAGACUCAAAGGGUCCAAGGCCGUCUCACAAAAAUCAACAAAUUCAGCGGGUGUGGUGGUGUGCACCCCCUCUGCCUCUAUCUACCAUACGCCUAACAGUGGGAUCUUGCGUAACAUGGAGACGAAUGCAGUCGUGUUCGCAGGCUCAAAGUGUCCCACGUGCAGCAGAGUGAUGCCUCCUCGCAUACUCAGGACUCCCGCUAACCCCCAUUCGUCAUCUCCGUCUGAAGUUAGCACAAACAUAUCGGUUGAUUGGAGUUCUGAACGGGUAACCACUGGCCCUGCCGUUAGCUCAAAUUCGAGGCUAGCGCUCGUUACCGGAUUCCCACCCUCCACGUCCCAUGCAUCAUCAGGACUUACGAAUACCACUGCAACGCUUUCGGAGGCAACGACUGGCACUCAGGACUCAGUACAAGCACAAGCCGCCCCUGCCAGAGGGGGUCAUAUCUUUUUACGUGCUAGGGGUUCGAGGGGGAAUACAGCCGGCGGACGAGGGCGUGGUGGGGGUGGUAAGUCGUCAGCUCCCCUUACUAUCACUAUACCCGCCCGUCCGCGCCCUGUUGCCCCUACUGCGGAUCCAACUGCGAGUGCGUCAACGGCACCCAUAGCCCCUGCUAAUGCUGUAAGGUCUGGCACUUUGGGCGGAUCUGGUGGAGGCACUGGUACUGCGUUCGCAGAAGCACGUGCCCCCACUGCAAGUGUGCGACCUGGGUCUGUGAACACAGGUGGUGGUGGUACUGAUCCCAAGUCGGCGGUCUUUGCUUUCACGCACGCGUAUUACUCUCAAUAUCGUGCCAACCAGAGCGCCCCUGCGAACACUGCUGAUCAUCCCUCACGUGGCAGGCCAGUCGAUUUUUCCGACCCAGAACAUUGGAUAGCAUGCGCGCGCUCUGCAGUCGAUUUACCUGGCUUUGCAGCACAGGUACCGGAGAGACCAGCUGUCGCAGCGAGUAGCAAUGAAGCUCAUACUACGUUGGCAUCGAUUUCUCAGGUCGACAACAGGCAGAGCAAGAAGCGUAAAUUGGGUGCCAGUAAAUAA